GGCUUUGCAAAGUGGGGCUGCACACCAUGAGCUACUUGCGUGACUAUGGAGCCCACUACAUCUGUGCUGGGGAGACAGACGGGCCCAUUUACAAUCCCAGCGGGGUCAACUCAGAGGAGGUAGAAGACCAUGAGUAGGGCCAUGACACCAUAGUUGGCAUCCCAAAAGCAGAAGCCUAUGAUGGCAGCGUCCUGGAGAUGCCCUGUGACAUCCUCAUCCCUGCUACUAUUGGAAAGCAGCUCAGAAGGAGAACCCUCCCCCGCUUGUGCUCUCAGAUCAUUGCAGAAGCUGCCAAUGGCCUCACCACACCAGCAGCACACGAGAUACUCCUGCGAAGAAAUAUCCUGGCCAUGCCAGAUGUGUACAUGAAUGCAGGUGGUGUGGCCAUAUCCUUCUUUGAGUGGGUGAAGAACCUGAACCGUGUUAGCUACGGCCACCUCAGCUUCAAGUGCGAGUGGGAAUCCAGCUACAACUUCCUGCGGUCAGUGCAGCACAGCCUGGAACGGUGUUUUGGCAAGGCUAGAGGGGAGAUCCCCAUCAUCCCAUCCCCAGAGUUCCAGGCCUGCAUGACUAGUGCCUCAGAGAAGGACAUUGUGUAUCUGGUACUGGCUUACAGCAUAGAGCAGGCAGCCAAGUUGCCUCCAGGGGCUCCUGGCCUCGCCCAUCCCUGCU